CUUCUCCCCACUCUUUUCCCCAGCCCAUAACGGACAGUGUUUCCAGUUCUUUGCUGGGGACGCAUGAGAAGUGGCCUGGCGUAUCAAGUACCCCCCAGCCCCUCAGACCCAAUCGUCGCAACGAUGAGAAAUGGUGUAGCGAACCGCUUGCUCGAGAAAGACGCGUCUUCUUUCGCAAAAGAAGGCAUGUCACCGCGGAGGGUGUCUCUAACGGCGCCAUAGAACCCGAUGUAACUGUCUUCGGGCUGAGUGUUCUGGCUUUGAGAUGGCUAUGUCAUUCUACGCAUGUCGUCCUAGUCGUGUUGCAUGUCAUCCUUCUCGGGGUAUAUAUUCCUCGCCUAGAGCACCACGUGGUUGUAUCAAUCACGUCAAGCCACGCCUGGUUACCCACCCUGUUGAGCGUAUGCUUGCAAGCUUUUUACACUCUUUAUUCGAUGAUUCUCGUCACUGUGACCCAACGCCUUGGUCUCCUGCGGGAACUACACCGUCGACAAAAGUUGACCACCCUCGCCGACGCCUCGAGUGCGUGGUCUGGACUCGGAAGCGCGCUCGUGGGGCUUUGGAACAACGUACGCCUACCUGCGGGGCUGUUCUCCUCCGCAAUUAUCACUAUGUAUCUCCUAUGCGUGCUAGUUCUUCACGUCGUGAGCAGCAGUAUCAUGGCUCUAGAACCGUUCAACCAGACCGUCACCACAUCCGUUUCCACCAAACUUGGCUGGCCGAGCUCCGAGACGCUCCUCAACCUGUCCGCAGGCGUUGCGUACAACGAAGGCGGACCUAACUGGCAGAUAAUCGAUGCACUUGUGCCUGGCGUGGGUCAGCUAGAUGCGUAUAACGUGCAAGGACUGUACGCGUCGACCGUUUUUGACACUAUCCAGCUACCCAACUCCGCUACGGGAACGGCACGCGUGAACGCGACUACGAUUGGCUCAACGUGUGGGCUUUUGCCAGGCAAAAACGUGUCGGUUGGGGCACUGAAGUCGCACGCUCAGCUCCAGUGGAACGGUGUCGGUGAAGCCACACCAUUCCUGGUUCCGUGGGUGGACCAAGUACUUUUUAGCGAACAAAUGUCCAAUAUGAUCUUGACGGACUCUCAUUUACCUGGUGCUUACAAGGCAGACGUCGUGUACAUGCUAACGACCGGCCUUUCGUCUUCAUCGUCGGCAUUUCUGAACGAAACCUUCGGCGUUUCGAUGAACUGGACCAGUAAUCCCUUGGGAACGAUGAUGAACACCAGCGUUCAGGUGUUUUUCGCAGGUUGUUCAAUGUUCUCGAGAUCGGGCACGGUAGAUGUAGACGUGCAAACGAACGCGCUACAAGGUAGCGUACCGUCAGUCAGCGACGAAGUACAGAGAGAAUGGGAGGGUCUUCCCGAAGGUGGAUAUGACACUUCUGCCAACUUUACAUGGCUCUGGAAGGCGGUGCUGGAGUCUCCGCUUGCGAAUAUUGGAAUGACGAACGCACUCCAGCAAACGUACACACCAACUAUUCUUGACUACUAUGUUAAUGAGCAGUUUGGAAACAACCUUCAGUAUCCUGCUCAAGAAGAGGAACUCAUGUCUGCGAUGCCUCCACCAGACCCCAAAAUAUCUCUUGAGUUAACUCAGUUAGAGAACGCACUGGCAACGAUGGUAGCUGGUGCUUUAUGGACUGCUGGGCGCGUAUCCAGUGGGUAUGUCCCUGAGACAGGAGAGGCAGUGGUGUCGGAAAAUGUCCUCGUUUGGAGACUAAAUAUCAACCUGACUCCCCUUCUCUUCGCCUUCUCUGCUUCGGUGAUCAUGAUGCUUCUUGCUAUACGCCUCGUGGGCUUGCGAGGCCACGAUCACCCUGUGGUCAGCAGUGUGGGCAUCCUCGAAAUGAUGUGGCUCUGCGGACGCGAGGCACCGUUCGGAGAAACCUUUGAUGAGGUGGAGAAGCCCACCAGCAGCAAUUUGAGGGCGGCUGGAAUGUUCGAAGUGCGUCUCUCGGAGAGUUUUGACGAGGUCAGCCGGGCCGAGAGAAAGAUGGAGGGUGAGGACUAGGUAACAGGUUCGAGGGCUUGUAUCAGUCCAGACGAUAUAUAUCCACCUUCACAUAAUUCAAGAG